ACCGAGCCACGCAUUCGGUCAAGGUGAAAAUGUAAACAGAAGGGAAAUCGGAGCGAAAGCAGGCCCACUUGGACGCUGGCGGGAGCAGGUGAUUCAUCAGACAGCUGAAUUAGAAGGGCAGAACACAACUACGCAGGGCGAAAUAUGGCGUCAAAGGAAGGAAAGGCUGGACCUGGGGAUGAGAAGAGUAAAAAUGGAGCUGAUGGACCAAAGAAGGAAACGAGACUGGGCUUAGAAGUAUCCAAGUCGGCAAAUUUUUCUGACUGGUAUUCUCAGGUCCUUACCAAAGGAGAGAUGAUUGAAUAUUAUGAUGUUUCUGGUUGCUACAUCCUUCGUCCGUGGGCCUAUGCCAUCUGGGAAGAAAUGCAGAGAUUCUUGGAUAGGGAAAUAAAGAAGACGGGCGUGAAGAAUUGUUAUUUCCCCAUGUUCGUGAGCCAGAGUGCCUUAGAAAAGGAGAAGGCUCAUAUUGAAGACUUUGCACCAGAGGUUGCUUGGGUGACACACUCGGGUCAGAGCAAAAUGGCAGAACCAAUUGCUAUCAGGCCAACUUCGGAGACUAUUAUGUACCCUGCAUAUGCCAAAUGGAUCAAGUCGCACAGAGACCUGCCCAUAAAACUGAAUCAGUGGAAUAAUGUUGUGAGAUGGGAGUUUAAGCACCCGCAGCCUUUCAUCAGGAACCGAGAAUUUUUGUGGCAGGAAGGACAUUCCGCAUUUGCUACAAAAGCUGAAGCUGAAGAGGAGGUCUUGAAGAUCUUAGAUAUCUAUGCAAGGGUAUAUGAAGACCUCUUAGCCAUUCCUGUGGUCAAAGGACGAAAGACGGAAAAAGAAAAAUUUGCUGGAGGUGAUUAUACAACAACAGUUGAAGCAUUCGUGCCCAGUAGUGGAAGAGGCAUUCAGGGUGCCACAUCGCAUCAUUUGGGCCAAAAUUUCUCCAAGAUGUUUGAGAUUACUUUUGAAGAUGCCAAGACUCUAGAGAAAUCUUACGUGUACCAAAACUCCUGGGGGCUGUCUACACGACCCAUUGGUGCGAUGGUGAUGAUACACGGAGAUGAGAAGGGGCUGGUUCUGCCACCAAGAGUUGCUGACGUGCAGGUGGUGAUUGUCCCCUGUGGUAUUAAUGCCAAGAUGACUGACGAACAGAAGAAUUCCUUAUUUGAUGGAUGCAGCACCAUAGAAAACACCCUAAAGGAGUUAUCAAUACGAGCAGAAUGUGAUCUGCGAGACAACUACAGUCCUGGCUGGAAGUUUAAUCACUGGGAACUGAAAGGAGUUCCCCUGCGGGUGGACGUUGGACCUCGCGACCUGGCCAAGAAAGAAGUUGUGGCUGUGCGAAGGGACACAGGAGAGAAGCUUACCCUACCUCUUGCCAACUUAGCUGAUAAAAUCAAAAGCUUAUUGGAUGAAAUUCACACCAGUCUGUUGUCCAAGGCGAAAGAAGAAUUAGAGUCUCACAAGAAAUUAGUACACAGCUGGGAGGAAUUCACAAAUAACCUUGACGAGAAAAACAUAAUGCUGGCCCCAUUCUGUGGAGCUGAAGCAUGCGAGGACGUCAUAAAGAAGGAAUCAGCACAAGAAGAAGUGGCUGGAGCAAAAGGUCCAAGCAUGGGGGCCAAGAGUCUGUGCAUUCCUUUUGAACAACCAGCCGAUGCCACAGGCAAAAUUUGCAUCCAUCCAAAGUGCGAGCAGCCUGCGAAGUUCUACACGCUUUUUGGGAGAAGUUACUGAGCAAAGAUGGGAUUGUUGGCUACAAAUCAAAAAAAAAAA